UGCGCGCGCAGUUUUUUGCAGACCCGGAAACAGAUCGCGUGAAUCGAAGGUCGCGACGGAGCGUGUGGGUUUCCCUUUGUUUAGAUUCGGUCUGGGAUUCCCAGCCACCCCGCUCUUCUGUACCCGGGAUCCGAGGGUCGACAAAGACCUUGAAAUCCCCGCAUCUCCAUUCACGCCCAGUAAAUUCAGGCGUCUCCGUGAGAGUCGGGCGGUCGCUUUCUCGUGUGGUUAAAAUCGCUCGGCGACGGGCCCUGUCCCCGGUCGUUCUGCCUUGGGCCAGCUGACUUUCAGAUUCACUAGAAGAGCCUCAGGCAAGUUCUUCAGGAGGUAUCCAGAAGAAGGCAUUGUCAUCCCAGGAGAUGACAGCUCCGUCCAUGUUGUUGCCCCAGGACCUUCCAGUGGGACAAGAUGUGGCACUGGAAGACAGUGACAUUGAUGACCCUGGCCCUGUGCACAGGAGUCUCGCCAUGUUGCGCAAACUGGUCUUGAACUUCUGGGCUCAAGCAGGCUGCUUGCCUCGUUCUCCAGACGUGCUGGGAUUGUAAGUGUGAGCCACCACACGUGGCUGAGUAUUCAGUAUUCGUAAAAUCUACAGCAGUACACAGUUGUGUCCUAGGCCGUCAGAUUCUGUCACCACACGCUCACUGACUCCUCCAGAGCAAUUUCUAGCCCUGCAAGCUCCAUUCAUGGGACACUUGACAUUCAUGGAUGUGGCCAUAGAGUUCUCCCAGGAGGAGUGGACAUGCCUGGACCCUGCACAGCAGGCUUUGUACAGGGACGUGAUGCUGGAGAACUACAGGAACCUGGUCUCCCUGGGAAUCUGUCUUCCUGACCUAAGUAUUAUCUCCAUGUUGGAGCAAAGGAGAGAGCCCUCGACUCUUCAGGGUGAACUUAAAAUAGUAAAAAUUCAAGACGGACGGGAACGUAUCAGAAGUGUGACCGCAGGGAGAAGCUGUAUAUUAAGAAGCAAUGCAGGAAACAAGCCUAUUAAAAAUCAACUUGGAUUAAUCCUUGAGUCACAUCUGCCUGAAUUGCAGCUGUUUCAAGCUGGAAGGAAAAUUUACAGAAGUAAUCGAGGUGAAACGUUCACAAACCAUAGUUCCUCAGUUUCACCACUUCAAAAAAUUUCUUCUCAUUUCACAACACACAUUUUUAAUAAAUACAGAAAUGGUUUGAUUGAUUUCCCAUUACUCCCACAAGAAGAGAAGGUAGACCUUAGAGGAAAAUCUUAUGAAUGUGAAGGUGGCAAAGCCUUUAGAGUGUCUGGAAGCCUGACUAACCAUCGAGUAAUCCAUACAGAUAAACCUUACCAAUGUACUAAAUGUGGCAAGGUCUUCAGUCGGAAUUCACACCUAUUAGAACAUUGGAGAAUUCAUACUGGACAGAAGCCUUACAAAUGUAGUGAAUGUGACAAAGUGUUUAAUCGCAACUCAAACCUUGCUCGACAUCAAAGAAUCCAUACUGGAGAGAAGCCUCACAAAUGUAAGGAAUGCGGCAAAGCAUUUAGAGAGUGUUCAGGACUUACUGCCCAUCUUAUAGUCCAUACUGGAGAGAAACCUUAUAAGUGUAAUGAGUGUGGCAAGAACUUUAGGCACAAAUUUUCUCUCAGCAAUCAUCAGAGAAGUCACACUGCAGAAAAACCUUAUAAAUGUAAGGAAUGUGGCAAGGUCUUUAGUCUGCUUUCAUACCUUGCACGGCAUCAAAUAGUUCAUAGCACAGAGAAGCCUUAUACAUGUAAUGAAUGUGGAAGAGCAUUUCGCAAGCGUUCUGGCCUCAUGGCCCAUCUUCUCAUCCAUACUGGAGAGAAACCUUACAAAUGUAAUGAAUGCGGCAAGGUCUUUGGGCGCAAAUUAUACCUAAGCAACCAUCAGAGAAUUCAUACUGGAGACAGGCCUUACAAGUGUAAUGCAUGUGGCAAGGUCUUCAAUCAAAAUCCACACCUUGCACGACAUCGGAAAAUUCACGCUGGAGAGAAUUCGCUGCGCCCCUUCCAGAUGCAAUGAAUGUGACAAAGUCUUUAGUUAAAAUUCAUACCUGGCACAACAAUGGAAGACUCAGGAGCAAAGCCUUACAGAUAUUGUAAAAUGUGGCAAAGAA